AUGAUCAAAAGGUGUCUAUCUGCUGUUGAUAACUUAAAAAUAAGGAAAAAGCGAAGGAGUCAGAGCGUCGUUACUCAAGACACUCCGGAGAAGAAGAAUAUACUAAACAUCAGCAUUAAGAGAGACACUUUUAUUCACAGAAGGACUCCUGUAAAAUAAGCAAAAAACAGUUGUUAAUAAAUAUCUGGACAUCUUUGGUAAAAAGGAUGCCCCUCCAGAGCCACUGGGAGUUGCUAAAAUUCCCAAGAUUAGCAGGUUCCAUUCCCAAAAAGACAUGUCUCCCACCGAGGGGUCUACAGCAAAGAAGAGCAAAAUCACAAGGAGCAAAACAAAGUUUUCUAAUACUAGCGAUAUAUUUGAACUUACCUUAUGUGGCGUAGAGGAAAAGCAAAGGAAAGGAACAGCUAAAGAAAGACUCAAAGGAAUCAUUAGAAUGACUUUAAACACUAACAACAAGAAUCCCCCUAAACCCUCAAAUCUGGCUUCAAAAUUCAAGCCUACAGCAAAAUUACAACACAACUGGAGAGCAAAGUCAGCUCCUGAUGUAAGACAAACCAGGACAUAUGAACAAGGAAGUAUUAAAUAAAGCAGCAGAAAUUUUGAGAAGGAGAAGAGAAGGCUGGUCAACGAAAGAGCUAGAGCAAGAUCAAGAAGAAAAUAAAGAUAAUGAUAAUUGGGACUUUGGAGAUCAGAUAGAUUUUAAGUAUACAAAAAUGCCUUGAUUUAAAAUCCCUGUUGAUAAAACAGAGAAAUAUCGUGAAGCGUAUCUUAAGAAGAUGGAUAGAAGGACUAACAAGCUUGAGACUCACUAUGGGAGUGAGACCAAAGCUUCCGUUCUCAGUGAAUCACAAUGCUGAUGUAUAUCGAGAGGAAAUAUUAUAGAGGCAUUUAUAGAGAAAUAAAACUACCCAAUUACGAGGAAAGAAGAUCUUAACUUCUCAGCAACGCUUGGAUAUCUUAAAAUCACUCACAUUUGAGAAAAUAAAAAGAAACCCUCAUUAUUUAGCGCUUAACCUCUCUGAAAUUUAUAUGGCUCAGACCUAUGAUGUAUUAACAAUAAAGAACAAGGAUUUAUGACAAUGUAAAGCUAAGCAAUAGAAAA